GGUGUGGUCGAUGCUUCUGUUUCCGGCAACCGGCGUCCAUUUUCAUUGUUAGCUUAUAGAAGACUGGCGCGUUUCGUGUUAAUGAACGGAUUAUUUAACAAUAAGUGGAAUUUUUAGAUAUACUAAUAAAUGGAGGGUGCGCCAGCUAGCAGAGGUGGCUUUCGUGGUCGCGGAGGUCCAGGUGGUCCAAUGAGAGGACGCGGUUUUGGAGAUAGGGGAAGAGGUGGACCCCCGAGAGGUGGUGGUGGAGGUGGUGGAGGAGGAGGUAUGAUGCGUGGUGGCCGUGGUAGUGGACUUGGAGGUGGUAUGAGAGGUGGACCACCUGGAAUGAGAGGUAGAGGUGGUCCUCCUGGCAGAGGUGGCCGUGGUGGUCAUUUCCCCCCAGGAGGUCCACCAGAACCAGGUAUGUCCAGUGGACCUGGUGGAGGUGGCCCCCCACCAGGAAUGGGAGGCCCACCACGCAGUGGAAGCAGAGAUUAG